AUGACCAUUUGGUGUGUAAUAACUGUUUUGUGUUGCUAAUAGUUUAUUCAGGUCUGUUAUUCAGUCAUGAUCUUCACGGUUAUUCUUAUUAUAGCAUUUAUAUUAUUCUAUCUCUACAACACUAGAGAUUUUAACUACUGGAAAGACAGAGGUGUCAAACAUGAUGAUCCGAUACUCCUCUUUGGAACAAACGCAAAGAAUUAUCUGAUACAACAAAGUUACACUCAAAUGCUCGUGGAGACAUACUGGAAAUACCCGAAAGAGAAAGUCGUGGGAAUGUUCAGAUCAUCGCGCCCCACUUUAGUAAUCAGAGAUCCAAAUAUCGUAAAGCGAAUUUUAACAACUGACUUCGCAUAUUUCCAUAAAAGAGGGUUAAAUCAACACGACGACGUCGUCGAACCUUUGUUCAGGAAUAUAUUUUUUGCGGAAGGUGAUACUUGGCGUUUGCUACGACAGCGCAUGACCCCCGCAUUCACGAGUGGUAAGCUUCGUGCCAUGUUUCCCUUGAUAGUUGAUCGCGCAGAGAGGUUGCAAGCUUACACCGCUACGGCCGCGACAACAGGACGCACGGUCGACGCUCGUGACCUCAUGGCCCGCUAUACUACUGACUUCAUCGGUGCUUGCGCGUUUGGCUUGGAUACUGACUCCUUAAGUGAUGAAGACUCAACUUUCAGAAAACUGGGCGCAAACAUUUUAAAUUUCCGGCUCAGAGAUAUCUUAGUACUUUAUAUGAAGGAUAUAUUCCCUGAAGUAUUCAAAAACUUUAAAAUCAUGGAUAAGGUUGAAGAUGAGAUGAUCAGUUUAGUAAAGGCAAUACUGAAACAGAGAAACUACCAACCUUCGGGCAGGAAUGAUUUCAUUGAUUUACUUCUCGAGUGUAAGAAUAAUGGUUUAAUGGUAGGAGAGUCUAUGACGAAGGUCAAAAAAGAUGGGACUCCGGAGAUGACUUCUCUAGAAUUGGACGAUGUAACAAUGGCUGCACAAAUAUUUAUAUUUUUCAUAGCAGGUUUUGAAACAUCUUCUACAGCAACAAGUUUCACGUUACACCAGCUAGCUUACAAUCCAGAAGUACAGAAGAAAGUACAGGAUGAAAUCGAUAGAGUAUUAUCAAAACACGAAAAUAAACUCAGCUAUGAUGCUAUCAAAGAAAUGACAUAUUUGGAGUGGACUCUUAAAGAAGGCAUGAGAAUGUUUCCAUCAUUAGGAUAUUUAUUAAGGAAAUGUGCGAGGAAAUAUACGUUCCCGGACUUAGAUAUAACGAUAGAUGCUGGUGUUCGAGUAUAUAUACCGGUACAGGCUAUGCAAAUGGAUCCACAGUACUUUGAAAAUCCUGAAGAGUUCCGUCCUGAACGAUUCAAUCCUGAAAAAUUCGACGGCAUAUUGAAAUAUGUAUUUCUACCAUUUGGUACUGGACCACGUGCAUGUAUUGGUGAACGUUUGGGUCUAAUGCAGUCUUUAGCUGGGCUAGCGGCGGUUUUGUCAAGGUUUUCGGUGCGACCUGCGCCAGAAUCGGUCCGCCAGCCACAGGUUAAGCCAGCGUCAGGCGUAGUGCAAAUAAUAAGAGGAGGCGUACCAUUGCUGUUCGAAGAAAGGCAGAUUGCCGCUUAACAAUUGUCUUUAAACUUAAUUUUGUAACAAUCUCAAAGUAAUAGUAUUAUGUCGUUAGGAAUAAGAUCUGUGUAUUAUUGUGCAAGAGAAGUACUCUUUUCUUAGAUUAUUAUUACACUCGUUUUAUUGUAAAUAGGGUAAACAGAGUAUAUUUUAUAUUUAUCAUCACAAAAUAAAAGAAUAGCUAUGUAUGAAAUUUUAUUUAAAUA